AUGGCGGCUCGCGAAGACGACGUGGCGGACGAUAAGUCACUUUUAGUUGUACUCGUGGAGACGAACCCGCGGUACUGGGCGGCGAGCGAGGGGAAGGGAGACGGCACCGCGGCGGCGAACGGGUUGUCGAGCGUGCUCGAGGCCACGACGGUGUUUCUGAAUAGUUUCUUUGCUUUGAAUCAGCAAAAUAGAGCGGCGGUGAUCGCGGUGCACGACGAUGGAUGCCAUUAUCUGUAUACGUCGCCGUUGGAGUUAAACGCUGGAGACGCUUCGGCAAGUGCGACGGGUAAGAAGCGUACGAAGACGGCGACCCCAUCGUCGCGCGCGGCGAUGUCGUCGCCUUUCGCCGGCGCGUUGAGUCUGGCGCUGUGUUACUGCAACCGCGCGCAAACGCUGGAAACCGCCGCCGGUUUACGAGUCAGACCGCGCAUUCUGUGCUUACAAGCAUCUCAAGACAAUCCCACGGAUUACAUCUCGAUGAUGAACGCGAUAUUUUCGGCGCAACGACAAUCAAUACCCAUAGACGCGUUCGCGCUCGGCGAGCACGAUUUGCCGUUUCUCCAACAAGCCGCGCACAUCACUCGCGGCGCCUACGUAAAGCCCACGCAUGGCGCCGGUUUGCUUCAAUACCUCCUCUCCACCGCCGCCCUGGACAUGCGCAGUCGCUCUCACCUCAAGCUCCCCGCCGCGCGCGGCGUCGACUUUCGAGCCUCUUGUUUCUGCCACAAGCGUCCGGUGAGCGUCGGCUUCGUGUGCUCGGUGUGCCUCAGCAUCUUUUGCGAACGUCGAUCGUCGUGCGAUACCUGCGGCGCCGACUUCGCCGCCGACGCCCAAGUCACGAGCGUUCCAUCCGCGUAG